UAAUAGUCAAGUGAAGCCAAUUAUUGAUUUCCCUUGAUUUUAAUUGAUUAAAAAUAAAAUAAAGACAAAAGAAAGAAGAGGAAAAAGAAUAGGGUGAUUCUCAACCACAACCACAUCCACAAUGCCAAACCAAACCAAACCACUCUAUUAUCUCAGCUGCCUCCACCCUCUUCCUCUUCUUCUCUCAUGGGCACCACCACCGCAUACCCUCCAGCCACCGUCACCACCACCAUCAUUUUCCGACCGCCACCUCCCUUCCCGGCGCCACCGCGCUCCGUCGAUCUCUCAGCCCUCGAAUUCAUCCUAGGCCUGCUGGCCGUCAUCUCCAUCCCAGCCUUGAUCUACACCAUCUUCUUCGCCAUCAAAUGCCCUCAGGACCCCUUCCGGCCCCGGCGCCAGAUCUCCAGCGGCAGACCGAGCAGCGCCGCCGCAAGCGAUGUCACGGAGGGGCCGAAGCCAUCGGACGUGGUGAAGUACAAGAAAGAGAGAGACUUGAAGGAGAUGGGAGAGGAGUGCCCGGUGUGUUUGAUGGGGUUCUGUGAUGGAGAAGAUGUGAAGGCGUUGAGUGAGUGCAAGCAUGCGUUUCACAGUGGUUGUAUAAAUCCAUGGCUGGACGCUAACUCCAAUUGUCCCGUUUGUCGAGCCUCCAUCGCCGUCGCGAAACGCUCCUCGUCAUCGGACGGUAACAGUAACAGUAGUAGUAAUAGUAAUAGUAAUAGUAAUAGCAGAGUGGUAACUAGGUCUUCCGGUAGAGACGAUGAUAGGCAUCAAGGGAUGCCUGAUUCUUCCAAUUUGGUCUGAUAUAAAUAUAUAUAUAUUUGGUAUAUUAUAUAUACACACAAUUAAACUUUAUUUUCUUUUUUUCCUUUUUCAUUUGAGAUUAUGUUAUUAUUAUUAUUAUUAUUAUUAUUAAAUCAUUUCAUCAUGGAAUGGGAGCCUUUAAAUUAAUAUGUGAUUAGGUUUUAGAAUAGAGUUUGAAUGCAUUAUUAUUGGGGUGAUAAUGGAAUGUUAUUUUUGAAGCAUAUAUAUUUUUGGAAAUUGCUCGAAGAAA